AUGGCCCUGAAAAUUGCCGCCUCGACACUGCAGCGUAUCGUAUCGAAUGUCGAGGUCGAGCGCAAGUUCAACAUACCACCGAAGCUCGCGUCUCUCCUCUUGAACUCCAAUGGGAAGAGGUGGCCACCGCUACGACGGCUACGACGACGUUCCCGGACUAUUAGCCUAGAAGAAGUUGACUUUGUCGCACUAAGGCAAUCGGGACAGCUUAUCCGCGACACGUACUACGACAUGGAGGACGGCCAUCUUAGCAAACUAGGCCUAUGGGUCCGGCAACGCUGCAUCAAUGUUUUACCAAGCGAUGGCAGCUCCGGCCAGGCGCAAUGGAACGCCAAGGUGCGGCUCGCGGGUCAUUUUAACAACUCGCAAUUUGUCGAGGUUGACGGCAAGGAGAACGUCUCGGACGAGGUGCUGCGCAUCACCGGGUCUCAGACCAGGCUUGAGGACUUGCAGGUGGUCUCGGAUCUGCAGACACGCCGGAUAUCGUGGCUGAUAAUACGGCUAAUGGGUACCAAUACGACGCCUUCGGCGAAAAUGACUGUGGUCCUGGACGCGGUUACGGAGGCCGAGGCUAUGGGAAAGGGAAAGGACGCUUUCGCCCACGCCAUCGGAGAGGUGGAACUUUUCCAAACAGUCGUAACCGAAGGGAAAGACAACGACGAGCACGAGGCGUAUAGGAAAGAGGUCUCAGCGCAGCGGAUGGAGGAGCUGGAGGCAUUCAUGCUCCAGCAUCGAGAACUAUUCCCCACCAGUCCAGAGCCGGUCGGCAAACUCUCAGCGUAUUAUACGUGGAAGGCCAACCGUAGUCAGCCUUGA